AUGGCGCCCAAGAAUACUAACUAUAUUGUUUGGAUUGAUAUGGAGAUGACUGGACUUGAUGUAGAUAAAGAUCAUAUAUUAGAAAUUGCCUGUGUUGUAACAGAUAAGAAAUUAAAUAUUGUUAGCGAGGAAUUAAAUAUUGUAAUACAUCAGUCAGAUGCAAUAUUAGAAAAUAUGAAUGAUUGGUGUAAAGAAACCCACACAAAGACGGGAUUAGUUGAAAACUCUCGCUCAAGUACUAUAUCAUUAGAAGAGGCUGAGAAGACGGUACUUGAUUUUUUAAAAAAGCAUAUUCAUGAACGUUCAUGUCCAUUGGCUGGAAGUUCGGUAUACAUGGAUCGUUUUUUUCUAUAUAAGAAUAUGCCAUUAGUUAAUAAUUACUUGCACUACAGGAUUAUUGAUGUCAGUACAAUUAAGGAAAUUGCUAGGUAA